AUGAUGGGCCGUUUGAUGUUGAUUCUUCUGGCUCUCACCUUGUCAGUGCUUUCCCUACCUAUCGACCGGCCCCAAGAUGAAGCCAAAUUCCGCUCUGGCGUUAGCAAAGAAAUCCAAAAAUUUCCAAAACGCGCCGAACUUGCCCCAAGCCCACGCUGCGACCUCUCUCAUGUAAAGCUUCCACAGAGCUCGGAGCCUUUUCCAGAUAUCCCUCAAGGACAGAAGCUUCUUGCUGUGGCUGUUGGUCGAGGAACCCAGAAUUACACAUGCGAGUCUGAGUCCGGAAACACGAAGCCAAAGGGGGCUCUUGCAACCCUGUUCGACGCUUCUUGUAUAGCGGCAAACUCUCCACCUCGUCUAAGGGCUCUUGUGUAUACCGCUCUUACCCAGCAGCAGCAGCAGCAUGCAGAGCCCAUUUCCAAGACCCCAAUGGGCGAAAUGCCGUUUCUGGGUCGCCAUUUCUUCAGUGAUGACACAACGGCAGUAUUCGAUCUCGGCGACCUAGGCUCCUCACUAGUUAGAAAGGAGGGGGCAGUUGAUGCCCCUAAAACUGCACUGAAAGGAGUCGGCGGCCAGAUGGAUGGUGCGGUCGCAUGGUUAUGGCUCAAAUCAAUCCCAGCGAGCAGUGGCAAAGCAAAAACCAUAUAUAGGGUGAAUACUGCGGGAGGAAUGCCCCCUAAAAAUUGUGCAGGCCAGCCAAAGGAGAUGACAGUCCAGUACUCGAGCGAAUACUGGUUCUAUGGCUGA